CUUCUCUGGAUCGAUCAGAUAUGCAUCAACCAGCAAGACGACAAGGAGAAGUCCUCCCAAGUCAUGCUCAUGGGCGAAAUCUACGGAACUGCGAGCCAAGUCCUGGUCUAUCUCGGGGAGGCCGACGACACAAGUGACAAAGCAAUGGACUACAUCUCUGAGCGAUGCGCACAGCAGGAGGAAUGGCCUCGUCAGUUUGUGGUCCAGGUCUUGUCACGUCCCUGGUUUAGCAGGGUCUGGAUUCUUCAAGAGGUUGCUCUUGCCCAUACAUCACUGGUCAUUUGUGGCGCCAAAUGCGUGCCGUGGGCUUGUUUUCGCGAAUGGUGGACACGAAACGAGUUGCUACUCGGGCCCGAGGUCAACCCGCCGCCUGUCUUGUCAUACGGACUCAGUGUCAUGAAGCGACUUACGCUUUUACAGCAGCUUCACGAUACCCGACAUAGCAAGGCCACUCUGGCUCUUGACAAGAUAUACGCUCUCUUGGCGUUACUGCAGCCCGAAGACAGGAUUGGGGUUCUCGUGGAUUACAGUUUGUCAACGGCCGAGGUGUACACCUCGGUCGCCAAAUCAAUCAUCGAACGGACCAAAUCAUUGGCCAUCCUGUCCGGAAAAGAAGAAAAGCCCUACGUCGAACGGGAAAGGCUGCCGUCCUGGGUGCCAGACUGGGGUACCGUCCCCUCCGCCGUAUCACUAGGGCUAGCCAACAAAUACCUCGACCCCUUCGACGCCGGAGGAAAGCCAGCCUGUCGAGUAAACAUCAGCAUCCCCCCAAACGGGCCACCAACGCUACACUGCCUCGGCAUUACCUUUGACACGGUCAAGAAGUUGACUCUUUCCACCAUGCGUCCCGGCCAGGACGCAGCCACCAACAACGUCGAAGUACUAACAGAUUGGCUAGACCUCAUAAGCGGAUCUUCAAGCUCUGUCGUGUCGGAAACCGCCGAUUAUCUGAUUGGCCAAUUCAACCAAAACCUCCGCGGCGUAUCCUCAUACUCCCGCAGCCCACCACAACCUCCAAAACUCGCCUAUUCACUAUGGACAACAAUACAAGCCCUCUCCACUCCCACCCUGCAGCUCGAGCCAGCUGAACUUCAUGCAAGAAACAACCGCGGUGAACCCACCAGCGACACCCUAAAAUUCUGUUACGAACGCAAGCUCUUCCUCACCCAGAGCGGUGCGCUCGGACUGGGCCCCCCUGAUCUUCUCCAAGGUGACACCGUCGCCGUGCUGCUUGGAGCACCAGUGCCCCAUAUCCUACGAAGGCUCCCAUCAUCAGAACAGAACAACUCCGCCAACGUGUAUGCUCUCGUUGGCGAGUGUUUUGUCGACGGCAUCAUGGCCGGGGAGGCUCUCAACCACCUGCAGGAUCAGCUCAAAGAGAUGGGACAUCGAUGUCGUACGUUUGCAAAGAGCUGCUCCAACACCCCAUUGGAGACCUUUUGUAUCCAGUAA